AUGGCACGCUAUCUCACGCCGGCCAAGAUUGGCCUACUAGCUCUGAUUGAGCUUUAUGUCGAAGAAACGGUACCUAACGACGCGAUCAUUCCGGUCCUGAGCUUCCUCACCUCUCACAUCCUCGACAGCGAUUUGCAAAGCACGAUGACAACUACGCCAAGCGCAGCAAACCGGUGGCAGAGAGCUGAGCGUAGCAUCGGAUUGGUCGUUUCCAUCAAAGAUUUCGAGGACCUCUUGCUUCCCUUUCCGGCGGCCGAUCGGCUGCCCGGCCGUCGUCUGUGGGACAGGUUUUUAGAGAAGCUGUGGGGCAUCGAUUCUCUCGAUGCAUUGCAAACAUUCUUCUCCCGUCAGCCACGAGUGUUGGCGCGAACUAGAGAGGAGCUGCGUCGGAUGACAGAGCUUGGAGAGGAACUGCCGUCCGGGAUACUUUUGGCGCGGAACUCGCCCUUGGGAGCUUUCGUAAGGAAGGCGGUGUUGGAGUUCACGAGGCUGCAGUUUCAUCACUCGGCGGAGCUAUGGAAGGCGUUCGUCAAGUACCGCCAGCCUACGGUUUCUUACUGGAGGAGACGGAAUCCUCAGUGCGGGAGACUCAGUUUCGACUCGGUAUUGAUGGAGAGCCAGCAUGAAUGGGGAUCUUUCACGGAUGGAAUUGCUGUGACGGCAUACGGUGGCAUGCUCAUGGAUGAAGAAGACGGCGCGCUACCGGUCAGCACAGACGACAUCGAAAGCCUCCUUGAGUUCCAGAUCGAUCAGAUACAGAAGUAUGGCGCAAGAGUGCCCGCGGAAAUCAAGGCCAAGUUCCACGCCAUGUUAAGAGACAGCCACGUCGUUCCCAGUCUGUCCCAUUAUCUCAACUUCUCAGAUGCUUGGAGAUCCGGUGAUUAUCCAUCAGCGUUUGACUACCUGCACAGAUACUUCGACUACACCAUGCAAAACCGCGACCGUCUUUUCUACCACUACGCCCUCAUGAACCUGGCAAUCGUACAGUCGGACUUUGGCUGCCAUAAGGAGGCAAUGGCAACCAUGCUGGAGACCAUCUCCACCGCUCGAGAGAACAAGGACAACACUUGUCUCAACUUCUGUCUCAACUGGUUCUAUCAUUUUGGCCGGGCACACCCAGAUCUCGUCCAAGAUCUCGAGGCCAACAGCAUGAUCGGGAGCGGUAAGGAAGCUCUUGCCUUCCUCCGAGCGAAAGCCAAAGAAACCGGCAUGCUCGUGCUCCGGAGUUCGGCCCUCCUUAGCGAAGCCAAGCUCAACAUGGCCAACGGCGAAAGCAUUGCCGGCGCCAUGGAACACCUCGUGCGCAGUUCGCAUAUCAUCGUCGAAAGAAACAUGAAGAGCCUAAUCGGCUCGCAACUAUCCGUCACCACCUCGCUCUGGGACCGACUCGGCAUCUCCUACCUCUCCACCAUGACCAGUGAGGUCUUUUUGCGCGUCCACGCCCCAAGCGCAUGCUUCGACGACGAGCUCAAGAUGGUCUGCCGGCUAGCCGGCACCCUCGCCGGCAAGGGCAAGUACGACGAAGCCUUCGCCAAGCUCGAGGACGGCAUCGACAAGAACUUGCUCCGCGCCGCCAAGCCUAACCAGUACUGGCACCUCUACCGCGGGCUUGUCAAGCUGCGGCGCGACCUGCACCACAACGAUCUCGACACGGCCGAGACGCUGCUUGCGCAGCUGCUGCAGAUCGGCUCCGAGGAGCUCGAUCCAGAUGUGGUAUUCAUUAUCGACUCGCUGCACAUCGAGGCACUGAUCCGGCGCAAGGACUUUGACGCCGCGUACGAGAAGAUCGAGCGGCUGAUCGCCAAGUUUCGUGAUGACCACCGGGACUUGUCUCUGCGUAUUCGGCUACUGCUGGUCAAGGCGCACCUCUUUGACUGCAUGGGCAGACCGGAAAGGGGGUUCUCAAUCACCAUGCGCGCGGCGAGCCUUGCGUGGCGUGCGCGGCUGCUCACCCUCCUGUGGCAGGCGGUUGGCGCUCUGGCCAACAUACUGAACGCGAUGGGCGAGUUCACUGCCGCUGUGCAGCUAGUAGAAGCAGUGCUGCCGCGCUCGAUGGAGUCGGAAAAUGCUUUCAACACAGGCAUACUGUAUAGUAUCCUGGCGGAUGCCAGGAUGGGACAGGCUGGAAAAGCUGCAAAGGCCAGGCAGGCGAUGACGACGACGGGAGAAACAGCAGGAGCGGCGGCCGCCGCGGCGGCGAGCUUGAUGAACAACAAAAAACUCGACCUCUUUACGAAGGCACACGAGGCGCUAGAGUGUGCGUUCAACCACUUCUCUGCGGCGGAAGAUCUGGAGAAGCAGUGCGAGACGUUGGCGAAGAGGGCGACCCUAAUGAAAGUGCUGGGGGAUCAUGCUCGAGCGGAGGAGUAUGCGGCGCGGUAUAUGGCUUUGAAGAGGCAGAGCUCGUCGGGCGAGCAUUCUAGUGUAUGGUCGACAGAUACAGGUACGCCAUAAUAUGGGUUGGGUGGGGCUCAGUGAAGCUCCAGUCGGACAUUUUUAUGGAGCAGUUCGGUUGUAAUG